CGCUUAGUCACAGCUAUGAAGCUUCAUAGGAUAUCAAUACCAGUGUCCGCUCUAUUCUUGAGAUCAAGCGACUCGAGGUUGACAACUGUCUAGCAUGGAGAACGGUGUUACGGCGCAUGCCGCUGCUCGUCCAGACAAGUGGUGUCCGGUGAUAGCUCCGCUGUUAUGCAAUUUACCACUGUCCUUCAACCUUGGGGGCUUUAUCUGGUGCAAUACUGGACGCCGAAUUUUCCUCAUCAAGACUCCUGUGGUUGUUGACAGACUGCGCCUUAGAACGUGGCUACGACUGGCCAUCCGGUUCGUAUGGAGGUAACACCAUAAGGAUGCGCGGGGUCAUCCGUCAAGGCUGUGCUGUGUCUCGCCAAUGAUACUGACAAGAAAUGCAUGGUUCUGCAGCGCCGCAUCCAGCCUUUCAAGUGAGGAGCAAGGCAACCACUGCAUCUCCAUCUCCAUCAAUUGACCUCUCUUAUCAGGUUAUCACCUGGCAGCAAUGGCUCAACAAGACAGUCCCCUAUCAAUUGCAGCAAGUAUCACCGGAAUCUUGACUUUUGUGGCCGCGGUCGUGGCAGGUUUCUAUGCCCAUGCCGUAAGCCUCAAGAACGCCAUUGAUACGCAGGCUGAGGUUUCGAGCGCUCUUGAGAAGAUUGAUUUCCUCGAGACAGAGACCAACAUGCUGAACAACGCCUAUCUGGCGUCACAAAUUCGCCAUCCCGAGCGCAACAAGUAUGGAAGUGGAGAUUUCAAGUACUUCCAUGGUCUGUAUGGCCAAUCUUUAGAGCGGAUGCGGAUCAAAGAUCGCGAGCUGAGGAAGACUGCCACGCUCAUCGCCGGUAGCAGUCGCUACGAUAAGGUGUCUCGAGUAAAAUCAGCAGCAUUGUGGAUGACCGCACGCGACCGAGUUCACAAAGCCAUACAAGAGAGGAAAGCGGAAAGUAGCCGGAUAUUCCAGAUCCAACUUGCUAUUCUGUCAGCGAAGAUCGAUGAGCUGUCUUACCAUCAGAAUCAUCAUAACGUCACCUGCUCUAUUAUCGUCGAGGAAUUGGAGCUGGGAGGAUCACAGACAUCGUCGCAGACAUGUGAGAGGUACGUAUCUGUCCGAAGUUUCUUCCUCCUCGAAAUCCACGUUUCCCAGCUCCACAUAUACAUAUCGAAGUCUCCGAGAGAGAAAUAUUGA